AUGGUGGUCAAGGUUUUGUGGGUUUCGGGGGUGGAUCUAAGUGUCGGGGGUCUAGGUGGUGUUCAAGGUUUCGUAGGUGUUGUGGGUGGUCUAGGUGGUGUUGGGUUUUAUGGUGUACGUGGUGGUUUUCAGUGGUGGUAUUUAGUGGAUUUUGGUGGUUUUCAAUGGGUUUUGAUGGUGGUUUUUUGGGUGUUGGUGGUAUUCGGUGGUGGUGGUUUCAGUAGGUUUGUUGGUGGUGGUUUUCGGUGGGUUCUGGGUGUCGGUGGUGGUGGUUUUCGGCGGGUUCUGGGUUUCGGUGGUGGUGGUUUUUGGUGGGUUGUGGGUUUCAGUGGUGCUGGUGAAUCUGGGUUCUGA